AUGUCAUCUAAUGCUGCCGAGUCUUACAAUAAUUGGAUUGGUGGGGCCCGUGAGUUGCCUAUUACUUGUAUGGUUGAUAUGAUUAGGGUUCAAAUUAUGACUCAAUUGUCGGAUAGAAGAGCUGAAUCUAGAAGAUGGACUACGAAAUUGUGUCCAGUUAUGGAAAAGAAGUUGGUGGGCUCUUUGGAGCUAGCUAAGUCUUGGGAUGUGAUUGUUGCUAAUUGUUUUAGAGAGUCAUACAAGGAAUCUAUUUAUCCAGUGCCUUCAAGUGAGAGAUUUGACUUUGAUGGUGCCAGUAGUUCGGUUAUCAAACCUCUUAUAACGAAGAAGCAGCCCGGGCGGAACAAGGAGAAGAGGAUACCUUCUAGGGGUGAGAAUGUGAAGCAAAUCAAGUGUGGGAGGUGCUUGAAAUAUGGGAAUCACAAUAAGAAGACGUGCAAGGCUGCUAUUUGA